AUGAGAGUUCUCUUUUGGAACAUAAAUGGGAUUGUGUGUGAUGAAGCACAAACUAAACUUAGAGAAUUAAUUAAGGAAUUUAAACCUGAUAUAAUUGGUAUUGCUGAGCAGAAAGUGUCAGUUUCUUCAAGGUCUGUUCGAAGAUUUUGUAUUGAUGGUUUUAGUAGUUCGAUUAUUCAUAACUCUACAGAUACGUGUAUUGGUAAUUUAUGGGUGAUAUGGUCUUUAAGUGUUGUUGAUCCGGUGGUAGUGAAUUGUUCUAAACAGACUAUUAUCGUUGGGGUUGAUGGUGUUCAUAUUUCUCUUGUGCAUGCUAUCUCACUGCAAACUUCUAGGAGAAAUCUUUGGAGACAGUUAGAUAUGGGAGCCCUUCAAGUGCCAUGGCUGACAAUUGGGGACUUUAAUUGUGUGCUUCGUAAUGAAGAGAAAAAGGGAGGUGUGACUCCUAGAGCGGCAGUAGUGAAUGAAUUUUGUGAUUGGUUGGAUGACAAUGACCUUUUUGAAUCGGAAUCUUUGGGUUGUAAGUAUACUUGGUCUAACAAGCAAUCUGGAGUUCAUAGAAUUAUUAGUAGGCUUGACAGGGCAGUGAUUAAUGAGUUUUGGUUGAAUCGUUUUGAGAAUUGGCGGUGUAAAGCUCUUCCUAGGGAAGUUUCCGAUCAUUCUCCUAUAAUUGGCUUUCUGUUUGUUAACACGAGACCAAGAAGAGCGCCUUUUCGAGUUCAAAAAAUGUGGUUUGGGCAUCCUGAUUUUAUGCCUAUGGUUGAGAAUAGUUGGAAGGAACUUAUUGUGGGUUCACCGGCCUUUAUAUAUCCUCAAAAUCUAAAGCGUCUUAAAAGGGCAAUGAAGUUGUGGAAUCAAGAAGUUUUUGGUAAUGUUAAUGUUAGGCUGAAACAGGCUCAACUUAGACUUGAAAAUUCAAUGCGUUUAUCUGAUGAAGACCCUUCGGAUGUGGACAAGUUGAAUUUGAUGAGGAGUGUCGUAGUGGAAGUUAAUGAUAUUAGAACGCAACAAGUCAUUAUGUUGAAGAAAAAAUCUAGAAAUCAAUGGUUAGUUGAAGCGGCUAGUAAUUUUAGUUUCUUUCAUAAUUUCAUUCGUAUUCGUAGGAGUAGUAAUACUAUUUCGGAAUUGGUGGAUGCUAAUGGGGUGACGGUGACUGAUUGUGAUCAGAUACGUAACCUUAUUGUUGAUUAUUAUGAGGCGAAGUUUAAUGGAGAUGAUUCAGUUCCAGUUGAGGCGCUUUUUAAUAUCGAUCAUAAUAGUAUUUCUCUAGAGGAGAGUGAUAUAAUGGAUCAGUUGCCCUCAAUCAAUGAGAUUCAUGCAGCAGUUUUUGAUUUAGGUGCGGAUAGUGCGUCGGGGCCGGAUGGGUUUGCUGGUUUUUUCUAUAGCCUUCUCAUGCUUUUUCCUAAAGAUAAAGGUGCUAAUACUCUUCGAAACUUUAGGCAGAUUGGUCUUAGUAACUUCUUUUUUAAGAUUUUUACUAAGAUUUUAGCUUCGAGGCUUGGUAGUGUUUUGGAUAACUUGAUUUCUGAGGAGCAAGUGUCGUUUAUGAAAUGGAGAAAUAUCCAUGAAAAUAUUAUUCUAUCUUCAGAGAUGGCGAAUGAAACGCAGAUUAAGCAGAAAGAUGGUAAUGUUGUCUUAAAACUUGAUAUACCCAGGCUUUUGAAACGGUUAGUUGGAUAUUUAUCUUGGAGGUGUUUCGUAGAUAUGGAUUUUCUGAGAGUUGGCGACUGGAUUCUCCAAAUUCUCAAGCCUGCUAGAAUUUCGGUUCUUGUCAAUGGUAGUCCGGAAGGUUUCUUCAGCAUUGAUAAAGGGCUUCGUCAGGGUGAUCCUUUGUCGCCUCUUAUUUUUGUGUUGAUUGAGGAAUUAUUAAGCAGGAAUAUCACGAAACUCUUUCGAGAGGGCAAGAUGACUCAUAUGGUUAAUAGAAAAGGUAACAUGAAGAGUUUGAGAAAUCUGGUGGAUUUGUUGGGUUUAUAUCAACGUGCUUCGGGUCAAACAGUAAGUCGACAGAAGAGUAAACUCUAUUAUGGUGGUGGUUCUUUGAAUAGGAGAGCGACUAUUUCUAAUUUUCUGGGGAUGCCUAUUGUUGUUUUUCCGGAUAGGUAUUUAGGGGUUAAGGUUAUGCCUGGUGAAAUUAAAUAUCAUCAUGUCGCCAAUGUCGUUGAGAAGAUCAAGGAGCAAUUAGCAGGUAUUAAAUGGGUUUACUCUUUGGUGGAGGAUAAUUCUAAGGUUCUAAAUGGAGAUGGCCGUAAUACUUCUCUUUACUAUGAUGUAUGGUUGGGAGAUGUAGCUAUUGCUGAGUUACUCGAAGACUUUGCACUGGAUCAUGCUAUUUUGGUGGGAGGUAUGAUGAAUGAAGGAGGCUGGAAUUUGAGUGAGGAUUGUCGAAAUACUCCGUUAGCUGCUGGUUUCGUUGAUGAGGAUCUGCCUACUCCUUUGAAUGAGGUUGAUCGCAGAAUUUGGAAACCAAAUUACACUGGAAGUUUUACUGUCAAUUCUGCGAAAUCAUUAAUUCGCAAGAAGUAUGCUAAGAUGGAAGGAGUGAAUCUAUUAUGGAGGCCUGUUGUGCACCCUGCCUUGGCUGCAAGGAACUGA